AUGCCCUCCUUCAGUUUUUUUAACCACUUAACCUAUUUUCUGGCUGCUGGUGCUGUUACUUUGGGAAUUGGUUUCUUUGCUUUGGCAUCAGCCUUGUGGUUCCUGAUUUGCAAACGAAGAGAAAUAUUUCAAGACUCUAAAUUUAAAGCAGUUGAUGAGAGAUGCAGACAAAGACCAUCAAAGGCGAAGAUUAAAUCUCAUCCUCAGUGUGUUUUUAUUUCUCGUAAUUUUCAUACUGGAAGAUUCCAAUCACAGGAGGAGCAAAGAAAAAAGGAAACAGCAUGUAUAAAAGCAAAUAAUGGUUAUUCUAAAGAUGAUUUCUGCCUUGCAACAAAAAAAGUCAUUUGUGACCCCUCAGAGUCUAGCUCGGCAACAAAUCCCAGCAGUGUUACCUUAAGCUUAUCAACAUUACCAUCUGAUUUUUAUUACAGCCAAAGUGUAGAAAUAGCUGAUGACUGGUAUUCUGAUGAUUCUCAAAUGAAAAAGAGCCCUCCGAUGCCUUUUCUCGAGGAGCCUCUAAUGGAAAAAGUAUUUUCAUACUUGACAACCAUUCCAUUAGAACAAUGUACUGAAAAUGUACUAAAUAUGACACUUUGUGAUGAUCAAAAAGAUGAUAACCUUAAGGAAAUAUUUACGCGAAGAAAUACAGAGGUUGAAAUACAAAACCUUCAACAUAAUACUGAAUGACUUUUUUCUUUUGAAACUUUGUGUACCCUGAAAUCAUGUAAAGUUAAAACUGAAUUACCAGCUUCUGAGUCUCUUAACAUGUCCAUGCUAAUAUUAUUUCUUUUGUUCUUUACUAUAGAGUGGUCGUACUUCCCUUUCCAAUUAUUUGUAGAAACAAAAUUACAGGAAGAAGUAGAGUGAUAUCAUAAACAUUAAGUUUAACUCCUUGUAUCUCAUCAAAGGAUAUAAUAAAUAAUACAAAUGUAUUUUAACACAUAGGAGAAAUACUUUAAGAAAUCCUCAGCACAAAUACAUUUUAAAUAAAACAUUUGCAGCAUUUCUUUAUACUUCUGACAUUUUCAGUUUUAUUUCAGUGUGGGUAAGACUGGGCAGAAUACGUCCAUCAGCUAUUCUGAUUUUUAAAUACAUCAAUCACCUACCAUUUAAAUCUUAUUACGCCAUGAUUUUCAUAAGCAAUAUAGCUUUGUUCCUCUAGGGAAGCCUGGAACACUGAAGAAUACAGAGAAUAAUUUUCUUUGCCCUAUCCUGUAUCUGUUUCUCUGAAUGAACCUCUGACCCUUACCCCACUAUGAUGAAGAUAUAAGCAGUUAUGUUCAUAAGCACCUGACUCAAGCUAGGAUGAACCAGAAUUUCUCUCUAGUCUGAGAAACCCUUGGUCAAAUUUCAAUUUAUGGCUCCGAGGGAUUUUUGACACCUACCCCACAAUUAAUCUUUUUUUCUUUCUUUCUCAUAAAUGCUCUUCAUGUAAUUAGGCCCUAAUUUUUCUUUCUCUUGGGAAAAACAAUGAAAUAUAUCAUUACUUUUUGUGCUUAAAACACUCAUACUGGGACCUGUGCAUAUCUUCCCAAGAGAUAAAUCAUGUCUAUUACCACAAAUGAAAGAAAACUUGUCUCAAAUAUGGUAGUAGCUUUAUACAGGCCCAUCACUUCCCUCCUAGAAAGGAUAUUUAAAAAGAUUAGAACACCUCUCUCUUUUGAAGCAUCUGAUCGUAUCUGUUGAUUAGAUUGUGAAAAUAUCUCUAUAUAUCUUUCUACACCCAUUCCUAAAUCAAAAUAAGCCAUUUCAGUUAGAGGUUUGUAAAGAAUGGUAAAAAAAAAAAAUUGGUCUCUAUUUCUUGGUUUUCUACCAACUUUUACCUUACUGUAGCCUAUCCCAGAGAAGAAAGUCAUCUCUAAUUUUGGUAAGACUCUAAAGCUUUCCUAGAAAUUUGGGGUUAGAGACAGAUUCUAGCCUUGUUCUGACUAGUCUCUGGAAUAGAGGAGACAUAAAUUGGGGAGCUAUGGGUUGCCAUGUCCCAUUCUGUGGUUUAGGAAGAAAAGGACAGCAAAUCUGCAGUAAGAGAGCAGUGAAGUAUUUGCAAAGUGAAGAACAGAGAUGAGAGAUCAGAAGAAUGUGAUCCCUGGCUUUCUAACAGUGCUCCAUUCCCUUAUUCCAGCCCUUCUUGCAUCCUGCCCUUGGCUUAGUAAGGCACCCUGAUAUCUUAAUUAUAAAUUCCCCUUUUUGCUUAAGCUAGCAGAUUUGAUUUCUGUUAAUAGCCACAAUCAC